UAUACAGUGUGUAUAGUGUGUUACUAUGCUUACAUCAGAACAAAGUGAAAAAUAUCCUCUGUAUCAGGCUUCCAGAAUCUCACUCUGGAAUUCAAGACACAAAGAAAAAUCUCUCAUCAAUGACAAAUUUGGGAUGAGAACACUAUGGGUGCAGGAGGGUGUUUUGCUCCUUCCCAGUGUGUGAUUUGUUGUGUCCUACAGGAACAGACACACAGAACUGUGCUAGAGAGGCUGCAGCAUAUUGCAGCUAACAGCGCUGCUCUGGGGUUCACCUAGGUCAGGGAUGCCUGGAACCAUCAUGUCUACAUUUAGUGGUGUGUAGUAAAUAAAGCUCUUCAUUGAGGUGAGGGCUCCCAGGCAGGGGGUAUUGUAGUGUGAAGUGAGGGCGAGAGUUAUUGACAGGGCUGGCUGGGGCUUGUAGUUGUCUACAUAGAGCCUCUUCUUCCUCUAUCUGCACUUUGUAUCCCUCCUUCUUCCUACCUCCUUCCCUCUCCCCUUCCUUGCAGUUCUGUCUUCCCCUUCUCCCUCUAUCCUCAGAGCCCCCUCCUUGUCUUUUCCUUCAUUCUGGCUUCCUUCUUCCCUCUCUCCUGUUGCCUAUCUCCUUCCCUGCAUUCUCACAGGCUUUUCCUGAGCGCACUCUCUUCUAUCUUUAACUGUCACAGUCCUUCUCUACUUCUCUCUUUCACUGUCUAAAAUUUCCUGUCUCCUCUCUCUCUCUCCUCCAUCUUCAUCUGUCACUAAACAGUGCAGAGGUCUCUUCCUAUUCCCGCUCUCUACCUGAGUUCUACAGCAUGCCGUCUCAAGAUGACAUUCUCUCUCCCAGCCGUCUCUUCUUGUGACAGUUUCUCCAUUCAACUCUCUUCUCAUGACGUUCUCUCUCUUUCUUUAUUCACUCUAUAGCAGUCUCUGAUUGAUUUUCUCCAUCUCUGCUGUCUAUUCCCCUUCUUCUGCUGUCUUUUAGGAAAGCAUUCUCUCUCUUUCUCUGCUGUCUCUCCAUGUGACAUCCCCUCACUCUGCUGUCUCUUCACGCGACAUCCUCUCUCUGCUGGUUGUUUCUCCAUGUGACAUCCCCUCUCUGCUGGCUGUCUCUUCGUGUGACAUCCCCUCUCUGCUGGCUGUCUCUCCAUGUGACAUUCUAUCACUCUACCGGCUGUCUCUUCAGGUGAAAUCCCCCCACACAGCUGUCUCUCCAUCAGACAUCCGCUCAUUCUGCUGCCUGACAUUCCCGCUCUUCUCAAUGUGACGGCCGCCGUGUGCCCGCAUGCAGCUCACCUGUGACACUCGGCCAGUGACAGUGCCUGCACGGUGUGUUGGUGAUCAUCCACUGGUGACAGUCUCUCGGUGACAGUCACUCCGUAUGCUGCCCCUUCGAGUCGUGUCUGCCCCCGGGUGUCCUCUCGCCCGCAGAGAUGCCGUUUCACCCGGUAACGGCGGCGUUAAUGUACAGGGGGGUGUACACUAUUCCCGAAUUACUGAGAGAGCACUCACCCACUCAGCUCCCCGAAGACGAGAUAGAGGAGAUUCGAGAAGCCUUCAAGGUGUUUGAUCGAGACGGAAAUGGAUUCAUCUCCAAGCAAGAGCUGGGCACAGCAAUGAGGUCCCUGGGGUACAUGCCCAAUGAAGUGGAACUGGAGGUCAUUAUACAGAGGCUAGAUAUGGAUGGAGAUGGCCAGGUGGAUUUUGAAGAGUUUGUGACAUUACUGGGACCAAAAAUUACAACUUCGGGUAUCCCAGACAAGUUUCGUGGUGCUGACUUUGACACUGUGUUUUGGAAGUGUGACAUGCAGUCGUUGUCUGUUGAGGAACUGAAGAGAUUAUUAUAUGACACUUUUUGUGAGCACCUGUCCAUGCGUGACAUUGAGAACAUUAUCUUGACUGAAGAAGCUGGAAACCUCGGAACAAAAGGGGAUUGUCCUGUAGACAUGGAAACUUCUCCAAAUCAACAAAUCCGUCAGACCUGUGUCCGUAAGAGUCUGAUCUGCGCCUUCGCCAUUGCUUUUAUCAUUAGUGUAAUGCUAAUAGCUGCAAAUCAGGUUCUGCGCAGUGGCAUGAAGUGAUGAUGUGGACAUAUCAAGCCAUGAACAUUAAUGUACUUCCAGGAGCUUCUCCUGCCUUUUCCCCACUUAUAAAUGGACUGCAAUGUACAGAGGAGGAACUUCCUAAGACCUUGAAAAACAUGGGACUUACCCUCCAGUGUCUGAAUGUGCAUGGGAGGAUUUGCAUGGAAAAUGCAUGGGCAUUUAAAUUGUCAGGUGACCAUCUGUGCUUCUAAAAUCUGUGACACGAAGGGACUUUCUAUAUAUAAUAGGUGUAUAUAUGUAUACGGAUAUAUAACUCUAUAUUUAUGAGCAAUAACACUUUUGGUCACUAAGGGGUUAACUCUUUGGUUGCUGGGCACAGGGUCAGUAGGGUUAAUGAGCUCCUGCUAAUGUGUAAUCUUUUCUACACUGCAAGGAGAAAGGCAGCACUAAGGUUAAUUUGUCUUCCCUUCCCCCUAAUAUCAUUCGCCUUAGCCCCUAAAUUGCUGAAUGGGUUGAUGUUAAAUGUAGCUCUCCCUAUUUGCCUUCCAUAUGUCUCUAUGUUGAAGUAUCUGCUUGAAGUAUAAUUGGCCCGUACCCUGUUUGGACGUUAUCUUUUGUGACAAUGGGGGAUUGCUGUGAAGCCCUGAUUCCCUUUGCUGCAAUCGCAUUGGAAACCAAUAAGCUGCUGGCUGCUUCAAGAGCAAAGAAUUGCUAUUGUUAUUUUUCAAAGCAGGAAUGUCCGUCCUCAUGAUAAAGUAUCCCUGUAUAGAAAAUAUUCAACCUUCUAUUGUUUGCUGUUGGUUUUCAUCCUUUCAAUUAAUAGCACAGAUCAGAUCUGACCCUUUUCUGCUUUACAUAUUUUAUAAAAUUCAGCGUAUUUGUACUCUCGCAUUUGGAUAUCAGGGUCAGGUAUAUGCUCAUAUUUCCUAUCCAUUUGCUUUAAUAAUUUUAGUGCAUUUUAUCUUCAUCGACCAAAGUGGAAAGUCAUUGAUUUGUCAUCUUCUAUGUAUCUUACAGGAGGCGUUAAACUUGUUACAUCCAGGACAUUAUUACAAGGGGAAGUCAAAAAGUAAGGUUCCCAGAUGUAGACAUCUCUAGUCUAUUCUUGAGUAUAUUUACCUUCUCUAUUGAUGCACUUUUCUAAGCAGUAGGCCAAAGAAUCAAAUACUUGUCAGUAAGAAAGACUUGUUCUACUUUGACAGCCAUUUGUAGAUGGGCGGGGGGCUGUAAAUAGGAUUUUUCAACAUUUCCCAAUGCAAAGUUUCCAGGAUAUGUGCAGUGUCACAAGCAGUGUAUGGACAACAAUACAUUGCAGAACUAGCGCACAUAUGGAUAACAGUCUUGGCCUCUAUCUGCUUACAACUUUCUUCAGUUAAAGGUUUUUAAGAUUGAAAAAUAGAACAUUUGGGUCAGAAACUAACAAACUAACAAACUUUGAAAUACACUUUUUAUAAAGUGAAUGCCAACCUUUAAACACCAUGGGGGAGCUUUAUCAAAACCUGUGCAGAGGAAAAACUGCCCAGUUGCCCAUAGCAAGCAACCAGAUUGCUUUUUCAUUUUGCAGAGAACAUGUUAAAAAUGAAAGAAGCGAUCUGAUUGGUUGCUCUGUGCAACUGGUCAGAUUUUCUUCCUGUGACGUGUUGUCCCCACAGAUAAUGCUGCUUGGCCAAUCACUUUCCAAAGCGGUGGUUUACAUAAGAAAAUGGUGCGUCACAGGAGGCAGCUGAGAGCAGCAGGGACUGGGAACCAUUGGAAUGGCAGCUGCAGGAAUUGGGGUAGGCCCUAUAUAUGAUAACAUUCUGUCUCCCUGCAGCCACAACUAGGAGCUUACUUAUUGAGUUCAGUGUAUAACAGUAUGCUCUCCUUAGUGGUGUCAGCAAGCUGUUGGAAUCAUGUAACUUGACUUAUGCCCCACCAUUAGUCUUGUGCAUGCCCUGCCAUACCCAUUUGUUCUUCCAUGUGCACUGAUUUAAGGUUCCUGGUGACAACACACCAGAUGACUGCGGUGGCAGAUUGCUGGCUGCAACAGUGAUAAUAAUGUGGAUUAAUCAGUAAAGAAAGUAUAUUAUAAAGUCAUAAUAUUUCCAUUUUCAGACCAAAUUUAGAGAUUACUAAAUUUCGGAUAACUCCUUUACACAUAUCUAGAUGUACCGCUGUAGUUACAGCUAGUUGGACUAUGAGGAGUGAAUAUCACCAAAAACAUACCCUUCAAAAAUGUAAAUCCAUUUGUUAGGCAGAAAGACACAUCAAUCUGCCCUGUGCUUGGGGUGUGAUAAGCAUGAGAUAACAUGUUAAUAUAACAGGUGCCUACUUCUCUGUUCAUCCAUUAAAAUCCACAGCAAUAUUUCCACACAUGUUGUACUGUUGCAACCUCAGGACUUAAAAUGCUACAAGUUCUCAAAAAAAUUGUGGCUUUUAACCACAAAAAAAAAUUAUUGGAGAUUUUACCUUGUCUUACAAAACUUGGUUUCUGUUUCUAUACUGACUAUAUACAGUUGAAACCAGAAGUUUACAUACACUAUAUAAAAAGACACAUAUGCAUGGUUUACACGCUAUCUGACUUGAACUCAGAAUAAACCUUACUCGUUUUAGGUCAACUAGGAGUACCAAAAUUAUUUAUAUUUGCCAAAUACCAGAAUAAUUAGAGAUAAUUGUUUAAGGUAUUUUUAUUGUUUUCUGCAAAGUCAAAAGUUUACAUACAUUUCAUUAGUAUUUGGUGGCAUUGCCCUUAAAGGAAAUCUGUCAUCAGAAUCACCCGCACUAAACCUGUUACACACCCCACCAGACCUAGAAGGAGUUAGAUUACGAGGAUGAGUUCAUGAAUAUUCAUGAGCCGGGCGGCCGCUCCGCCCAGCUAGAAUGACGUAUAGCCGAGUCCCAGAUGAUAACACCUCCCACUGAGUCCCAAGCCAGGGAAUAACAGAAAACUAAAAAUAUAGAUAUCUGAAGAACCGCUGAACCAUUUUUAACCAGGUAAGGAGCAUUUUAAUCAGGAUCACCCGCACUAAAAGCCUGUGUAACAGGUUUAGUGCGGGUGAUUCUGAUGACAGAUUUCCUUUAAACUGUAUGACUUGGGUCAAUUGUUUUGGAUAUCCUUCCACAAGCUUCUCACAAUAGUUGGUAGGAAUUUUGUCCCAUUCUUCCUGACAGUCUAACUGAGCCAUGUUUGUAGGUUGCCAUGCUCACACCUGCCUUUUCCACUUUGCCCAUAAAUUUUCAAUAGGAUUGAGAUCAAGGCUUUGUGAUGGCCCCCCCAAAACAUUGACUUUGUUAUCCUUGAGUCACUUUGUAACCAGUUUGGCAGUAUGUUUCAGUUCAUUGUCCAUUUGGAAGACCCAUUUACGCCCAAGCUUUAACUUCCUGGCUGAUGUCUUGAGAUGUUGCUUCAGUAUUGCCACAUAAUCUUCAUUUCUAAUGAUGCCAUCUAUUUUGUGAAGUGCACCAGUCCCUCCUACAGCAAAACAACCCCACAACCCGUGUUUCACAGUUGGGAUGGUGUUCUUAGGCUUCCAAGCUUCUCCCUUAUCCUCCAAACAUAAUGAUAGUCAAACAGUUCAAUUUUAGAUUGGUCAGACCACAUGGCAUGUCUCCAAAAAUGUAGGGCUUUGUUCCUGUGUGCAUUUGCAAACAUUAAUCUUCCUGGCAGAGUGGCCUUUCAGCCCAUGUUGAUACAGUACUCGUUUCACUGAGGAUAAUGACACAAUCUUACCAGCUUCCGCCAGCAUCUUUAAUCUAAUUAACUCAGAUGUUGCCAAUAAACCUGAAGCUUCCAAAGACAUGACAUCGUCACAUGGGCUGUCCCAAAUUGUUUUAAGGCAUAGUAAUCCUUGUGUAUGUAAACCUUUGACUUUACAGAAAGUAAUAAAUUACAUAAAGUAAUAAAAAAUGCCUUAAAAUUCUCUCUGUCUAAUAAUUCUGGCAUUUCGCAAAUAAAAAAUGAUUUGGGUAAUCCUAAUUGUCCUAAAAUGGGUAAGGUUUAUUCUGAUUUUAUGUCAGAUAGUGAGAAAAACAUGGAUAUGUGUCUUUUUAUAUAGUGCAUGUAAACGUCUGGUUUCAAGUGUAUAUGAGAGAAGUUACUGCCAUCUUAUAAUGAAAUCAAGCUACUAGACACCAAAGUUAUAUCUAUAUAGAAGUGACUUAUCCAGAACAUUUAUGUAGGAAAGUUUGGGCACCCCAGGUAAAAAUUUGUAUUAAUGUGCAUAAAGAAGCCAAGGAAAGAUGGAAAAACCUCCAAACGGCAUCAAAUUACAGAUUAGACAUUCUUAUAAUAUGUCAACAAAAGGUAGAUUUUAUUUCCAUCAUUUACACUUUCAAAAUAACAGAAAACUAAAAAAAAUGGCAUCUUCAAAAGUUUGGGCACCCUGCAGAAUUUAUAGCAUGCACUGCCCCCUUUGCAAAGCUGAGACCUGCCAGUGUCAUGGAUUGUUCUCACUCAUCAUCUGGGAAGACCAGGUGAUGUCAAUCUCAAAGGUUUCAAAUGCCCAGACUCAUCUGACCUUGCCCCAACAAUCAGAACCAUGGGUUCUUCUAAGCAGUUGUCUAGAAAUCUGAAACUGAAAAUAGUUGAUGCUCACAAAGCUGGAGAAGGCUAUAAGAAGAUAGCAAAACGUUUUCAGAUGUCAAUAUCCUCUGUUCGGAAUGUAAUUAAGAAAUGGCAGUCAUCAGGAACAGUGGAAGUUAAAGCAACAUCUGGAAGACCAAGAAAAAUAUCAGACAGACCAGCUCACAGGAUUGUGUGAAAAACAAUUCAAAACCCACAUUUGACUGCACAAUACCUCCAGAAAGAUCUGGCAGACACUGGAGUUGUGGUACACUAUUCCACUAUAAAGAGAUACUUGUAUAAAUAUGGUCUUCAUGGAAGAGUCAUCAGAAGAAAACCUCUUCUACGUCCUCACACAAAAAAAAACUCUUCUACGUCCUCACACGAAAAUCUGCAUUUGAACUUUGCAAAUGAACAUAUAGACAAGCCUGAUGCAUUUUGGAAACAAGUUCUGUGGACCGAUGAGGUUAAAAUUGAACUUUUUGGCCGGAAUGAGCAAAGGUACGUUUGGAGAAGAAGGGGAACAGAAUUUAAUGAAAAGAACCUCUGUCCAACUGUUAAGCAUGGGGGUGGGUCAGUCAUACUUUGGGGUUGUACGCAGCCAGUGGCACAGAGAACAUCUCACGAGUAGAAGGAAAAAUGGAUUCAAUAAAAUUUCAGUAACUUUUGGAUGCUAAUUUGAUGCCAUCUGUGAAAAAGCUGAAGUUCAAUAGAGGAUGGCUUCUACAAAUGGAUAAUGAUCCUAAACACACCUCGAAAUCCAUGGGAGAUUGUAUCAAGAGGCGUAAACGAAAGGUUUUGCCAUGGCCUUCACAAUCUCCUGACCUCAGCGUAAUUGAAAAACUAUGGAUAGACCUUAAAAGAGCAGUGCAUGACAGACUGCCCAGAAAUCUCAAAGAACUGGAAGACUUUUGUAAGGAAGAAUGGGCAAAGAUACAUCAAACAGAA